AUGUACAAGGAACUAUCCAUUUCGAACUCAAUCCCCGAAAAGCGUCUUCGCAGUGCAGUCAAGACUGGCAACCUAUCGCUGACUAAGGCUGAUCUAGCCGGCUCUGGUGCAACGCUACAUCUGCACCCCGAAUCAUAUGAUAAGGUCAUGCGAGCUAAGAAGGCCGGCAAGGGCUCUCGAGUCAAGAUCACCAAACACGAGAUCCAGUACCCCAUGGAGGCAAAUGGAGGCAGUAUGCAAGCUAGAGUGUGGAACGGCAUCAAGAGUGCCUGGAAG